UGGGGCUGGGGGCAAGGCUCGUUGUAACACUAAGAAUUGGGGCUACGAUCUGGAGGCAGGGUUAAAAUCUGGGGCUUGGACUGCAAGCUGGAACCAGAGAUGGGUGGUGAAAGCUGGGCCUGUAAGGUUAAGGUCUGAGAUAAAGGGGAAAUCCUAGGGUUACAGGGGGAACAAAGAGGGGCCUGCGAAGCGCCAGGAGGCCCCGGAUGAAGAACGCGGCUGACGCUGAGACCCGGGCUGGGAAGACUACGCAGCCUGGAGCGGAGCUGGGGAGGCGGGCGGGGGCUGCGCCAGCAUGAGGCGGGGUUAGGGUCUAGGCGGGGGCGAAGCCGAGACUGGAGUUCACGGCUGGGCCGAGGGCUCGGCCGGGCUGAGGCUCAGGGUUGGACUUCAAGGAAGAGUCCUGUAGAGACGAAGACCUGGGCGGAGAGCGAUGUGGGUCAGGACGACACUCACAAUUGAAAGAUGGACUAAGGAAAAGACCGAGCCCAAGGUCCGCUCGUGGGAUGAGAGCCGGUGCUGCGAUGUAAACAGGUUACCCAGCUGGGAGAGAGGACAUCUGCUGGCUGGUGUGGCGUCCAGCACUGAUGUGUCUACCUUCUCUGAAGGUGACUGCAAGGAGCCUGACAAGUGCUGCUGGAAACACAAGCAGUGCACUGGGCACAUCAUCUACCCCUUCGCCUCUGACUGUGUCUGCCACAGCCUGCACCUACGCUCUGUCAACCACUGCAACUGUAAUUCUAGCUUUGAAUUGGUGCUGCCAGCCCAGUCCCAGCUCUGCACACUUUGUUCUGCUCUAACAGAAAUGGGGAGGUCUGUUGGCGGCCUGGGACAGGCCCAGCGGAAGCCCACUGUCCCUCAGGCUUCUGGCUCUGGGUCCCUGGGGGAGUGAUGGGAGCCAGGCUGAGAGUCCCAUGUGUGGCAGGCUGAAGGACUGCUCAGAGGACAGCAGCAGCUCCCGGGGUACGGGCCCAACCUGCUCCCAUGUCAUCGAGUCCCCUUGCUUUGAGCUCACACCGGAGGAGCAGCAUGUGGAGCGAUUCUGGUAUGGCUGGUGCAAAAGCUACAGACCUGUCUCUGUGGCGGUGAUCCACCAUCCCCUCCACCAUGAGUGUGGGGCAGAUGAUCUAAAUGAAGAAGAGGAAGAGGAGGAGCAGGAAAGCAAGCCCCCCAUCCCAACGCAGGUGGGGCCUGCCACCGCCUGCCCUGACCUAGGCACCACCAUGGCCACUGGUACCCCUGACUCCGCAGUGCCCAUCACCAUCUGGCGCUCUGAGAGCCCCACAGGGAAGGGUCAGGGCAGCAAGGUGAUCAAGAAGGUAAAGAAGAAAAAGGAAAAAGAGAAAGACAAGGAGGAGGAGAUGGAUGAGAAGGCAAAGCUGAAAAAAAAAGCCAAGAGAGGCCAGUUGACUAAGAAGAAAAGCCCGGUUAAAUUGGAGCCUUCCCCGCCAGACGCGAGCCGAUCAUUAAGCCCAAGACAGCUGGCCAGGAUGUCCGAGUCCAGCCCAGAAAGCAGGGAAGAGCUGGAGAGCGAGGACAGUUACAAUGGCCGGGGGCAGGAGGAACUGUCCAGCGAGGAUAUUCUGGAAUCAUCAUCGCCCAGGAAGAGAGAGAACACAGUUCAGGCCAAAAAGACAGGGGCAAAGCCCUCACAAGCCAGGAAGGUAAACAAAAGAAAAUCUCCCCCAGGAUCAAACCCCAACCUCAGUUGAGGCCAGGGUGGUCAGGGUGCAGAAUAAAUGCCAUCGAGCCUGUGGCUGGCCCUGUGCUGCUGUUCUCUCCCUCCAACCUGGCUGUUUCUUGCGGGGCAAGGGGUGGGCUCAGGGCUGCGGGGGUUUCUCAAAGGCAAUCCAGCUUUCACAAAGGAAGUCCAUGGGAAGGCAGGUGGGAGGGAAAGGAAGGGGCACAGCCCUAUUUCCUCCUACCUGCUAGGACAAGGUGGAAGAGUACAUCUGGGUGGGAAGGAGGACUUCCCCUCUCUCCUGGGAGAGACUCUCGGUCUGUGUGAAACCCACUUCUGGGAGAGGCAGUACUGUCUGCAGUGAUACCCCCAAUAAAUGGAACUUUUUAACCCA